AUGCAACAACAAUUUCUUGUUUCUUCCAACACUCCAAGCUCAUCUUUGCAAGAAGAACAAUCAGAAAAGUCUAAACUCGUGUUUACGGCAUUGAAUGGACAAGUCUUGUUGGAAUUGAUUUCUACAAGCUGCUCCGGAGUUUCGCCGUUGCUUGCUGGUUAUGAAUGUGGACGUUAUAUAUGGGAGUACAAGAUUCACGAUCCUCUUCAUAGGGAUAUUGAUGCUAGUAUUGAAAUAGGCUCAAAUAUGAAUUUGGAUCGGGUUGCACCAAUGGCAGUUGAAAUUCAUCGCGUUUCCAUCACAUUCAAACGAAAUCAUCAAGUCGUAUUUUCAUUUCAUAGUAAUAAUUAUGAUGAUUGUCCAGUCAUGAAAAUACCUUCGGGUCAAUCACCUCAAAAGACAACGUGUCAUCCAAACGUUGCUGUCCAAGAAAUAUUGAGAUGGGUUGGCCUUGAUCAAUUUAUGGUUUCGCCGAUUGCAGCAUGGAAUUGUUUGAUGACUUUUUUGAGAGUCUUGCAGUAUUUCAGGUAUGAAAAACUUGUAAAACGUGUAUCAGAUAUUUCAGAGAGGCUUCAGAAAAAGUUAGGAAUGAAUUCGACAUUGAAAAAUGGAUUGUAUGAAUGUAAAUUUAUUAAGAAAGGGACAUCAAUCAAAGAUGUUUUGAAACACUGUGAUUUAAAUUCGCUAAAAGUAUUUAAAUCAUCGAGUAUUCAAUGUUUAAAGUCGAGGCCAUUUAAAUUGAUAUUCGAAUAUAACGGUCAUAAAUUGGAAUACCGAGAGAAAAUGAAAAAUGAAAACAAGAAUCGAGACAGUACUACAUUUGAUGAGAGAAAAAAUAUGAAUUUCAAUAAUCAGCCAUUUAUUCACAUUAGUGAGCUAUUGUUCGAUGAAGAUGUUAUAUUUUCCUGUGAAUUUCCUUCCAAAACAACGAUGGCUGAAUUUCCGUGUUAUGUACCUGGAAUGGUUGUGGUUACUGAUAAUCGACAUCCAGAUGACGCUUGUGUCAAUUUUGCACAUACUAUUUUAAAGUCAGCAUUCGCACUCGAACAAGAUGAAGAACAUUGGAUUGCUUUGAUAUCGACUCAGGGAUUUCAUGCAUUUGAAUUGGUUUUUUCACGCUUUAGGAAACACAGAUCCAUCUUUUUCGAUGCAUGUUUUGCGAAGCUAGCGAAAGAAAAGCCCUCAGCACUGAGUGAUAUUGAAAUCAAGUGUCAAAAUUGA